AUGGCUGCCAGCGCUGUUCAGGUGAGAGAAGAUCCAGAGGAGCCAAAGCAAAGCAAAGCACGGAGAUCACGGGGUGAAUCAUCGUGUGUGCUGUCUUUGUGUGAUUGUGUUGUUUGUCGUGCGAAUACUCUGCAGACGUCAAUGGCGGCGAUGCGGCAGCAGCUGCUGGCAAAGAUUCAGGCCUAUCAGACCAAUCAGGCGCGGGUACGUAACCAAAACACUCACUCAGUCACUCAGUCACUCAUUCAGUGCAUCCGUCGCUCAUCGGCUGACUGCUUUGUGUUGUUUGUGUGUGGUGUGGUGUGCAGGUCAACAAUGGCAUCGGCCGACUCACUCAGAUGGACACCGCUGCGAUCACACCACUGGUGCGGACAGACUGCCACACACAAUGACAGCACAAAGGCCUCUGUGUCAUGAUGCUCUCGUGUGAUUCGUCAGAUGGUGGCCAAUGUCAGUCGUCAACUCGCUAACGAAUCGGCCCGUCUGGCCCAGCUGGCGGACAGCAUCGACUCGACCAUCGCACUCACAAGACACACCCGGACACAGGUCAGAGAGAGACCACACACACACACACAGCUGCAUGUGUGUCUUUCUGUGUGUCGUCAGGCUCGGCGAUUGCACGUGACUGACAUUCCCGCCGAGCCGAAGAGCAUCAUCCUCGCACUCUCUGCCCUCACGACCGUCGCCCGACUCAAGGCGACAGCCCGCCACUUCAGAAACGCCCUGCGGCCCAUCAUCCGCCGUAUUCGGCUGCGGAAGGCCAUCGAAUGUGCGGGGGCGGGCGGUGUGGUGCAGUUCGACGAUCAGCUGAGCCACGGCGAUGUGUUGAAGGCCAUGUGGCUGAUGGAGGAGGGGGGCGAGGGCGGCUAGGGGGAUGUGGCCGACACACUCAGAUUCGGUGAGCAUUUCGGCUAUUGCCAGCUGCCGGUCACUGUGGGUGCCGGAGAUCUGCAGACACACGCCACCAAGGCGGUAAGCACCACACACAUGAGAUGGGAGGCAGUGGGGCAAUGAGUGAAUGGCUCUCUGUCUGUGUGUGUUCGAUGCAGGACUACUCAUCGCUGCCCCGGUUCUGUGCGCGGUGGAUGCUCGUCGGCCGCCGUGUAGUCCUCCGUCGGCCCAAUGGCCAGCAUGACGGCACACUACAGCUGUUCCGCCACAACAACGAGAUUCGCGCCAUCCGCAACGAGCCCAACUUCGCCAUCGUCAUCAACCCGCCCUAG